AAAGAUAAACAAACAGAAAUGUCAGCUUCAGCGGCAGAUCAAGAGAAGAGGAAGCAAAUUUCAGUGCGCGGGAUCGUUGAUGUAGAGAAUGUGGGAAAUUUCAAGAAAACUUUUAAUAGACAUCUACAUUAUACUCUCGUAAAGGAUCGUAAUGUAGCUACAAGUAGGGAUUAUUUCUUCGCCUUGGCACACAGCGUCAAGGACAACCUAGUCUCUAGAUGGAUUCGUACUCAGCAAUACUACUACGAGAAAGACCCAAAAAGAGUUUAUUAUCUCUCCUUGGAAUACUAUAUGGGUAGGACUCUUCAAAACACUAUGAUCAAUUUGGGCAUCCAAGGUGCUUGUGAUGAAGCUAUGUAUCAGAUGGGAUUAGACAUCGAAGAACUUGAAGAACUUGAAGAGGAUGCAGGUUUAGGAAAUGGAGGUUUGGGAAGACUUGCAGCUUGCUUCCUGGACAGUAUGGCAACUCUUGGUCUAGCUGCCUAUGGUUAUGGUAUUCGAUAUGAAUACGGUAUAUUCGCACAAAAAAUAAAAAAUGGAGAACAGGUGGAGGAACCAGAUGAUUGGUUGCGUUAUGGAAAUCCAUGGGAAAAGGCUAGACCAGAAUUUAUGCUUCCAGUAAAUUUUUAUGGACAAGUGAUUGAUACUCCCGAAGGAAAGAAAUGGGUCAAUACUCAAGUUGUAUUCGCGAUGCCAUACGAUAAUCCCGUACCGGGAUACAAAAAUAAUUUUGUUAAUACUCUCAGAUUGUGGUCUGCCAAAUCUCCCGUAGAAUUUAAUUUGAAAUUCUUCAAUGAUGGUGACUACAUCCAAGCCGUAAUUGACCGCAACUUGGCGGAGAACAUUUCCAGAGUGCUAUAUCCCAACGACAAUUUCUUCGAAGGCAAAGAAUUGCGACUGAAACAAGAAUACUUUAUGGUGGCAGCCACUCUUCAGGAUAUCAUACGAAGAUAUAAAGCUAGUAAAUUUGGUUCGAAAGAACACCAUAGAACAGACUUUGAUAUGUUCCCCGACAAAGUGGCCAUUCAAUUGAACGACACUCAUCCUUCGUUGGCUAUUCCUGAACUUAUGAGAAUUUUAAUCGAUGUCGAAGGUCUUUCUUGGGAAAAAGCUUGGGACAUUACGACGAGAACCUGCGCUUAUACCAAUCAUACAGUGCUUCCCGAAGCUUUGGAAAGAUGGCCAACGAGCAUGCUGGAAAGCAUUCUUCCUAGACAUUUACAAAUUAUUUAUCAUAUUAAUUUUCUUCAUCUACAAAAUGUUUCUGCUAAAUAUCCAGGAGACGUAGAUCGUCUUCGACGCAUGUCUUUGAUCGAGGAAGAAGGUGAAAAAAGGGUUAACAUGGCUCAUCUUUCAAUUGUUGGCAGUCAUGCUAUUAACGGUGUCGCAGCUUUGCAUUCAGAAAUCUUAAAACAGAGCGUAUUCAAAGACUUUUAUGAACUUACGCCUGAAAAAUUCCAAAACAAAACUAAUGGUAUUACACCACGAAGAUGGCUUCUUUUAUGUAACCCGAAUCUUUCAGACAUCAUUGAAGAAAAAAUUGGCAGUGAUUGGACAGUACAUUUAGAACAACUUGCUCAACUAAAACAAUGGGCCAAAGAUCCAGUCUUCCAACGUAGCGUUAUGAAAGUAAAACAAGAAAAUAAAUUAAAAUUGACGCAGAUGCUUGAGAAAGACUAUGGAGUUAAAGUAAAUCCUGCCUCCAUUUUUGAUAUUCAGGUGAAGCGAAUACACGAAUACAAAAGACAACUUUUGAACUGCUUACACGUGAUCACAUUAUAUAAUAGAAUAAAAAAAGAUCCAACAACACCAUUCGUCCCUCGAACGGUGAUGAUCGGAGGAAAGGCUGCUCCCGGUUAUCAUUUAGCCAAAAAAAUUAUAAAACUAAUUUGCAGCGUAGGAAAUGUUAUAAAUAACGAUCCUAUUGUUGGCGACAAAUUAAAAUUUAUUUUCCUAGAAAAUUAUCGAGUUACGUUAGCAGAAAAAAUAAUUCCAGCAGCAGAUUUGAGUGAACAAAUUUCUACUGCUGGUACUGAAGCUUCCGGUACAGGAAAUAUGAAAUUUAUGUUAAACGGAGCUUUGACUAUUGGUACGUUAGACGGUGCUAACGUAGAAAUGGCUGAAGAAAUGGGUAAUGAUAAUAUAUUCAUUUUCGGUAUGACUGUCGAUGAAGUAGAAGCAUUGACGAAGAAAGGAUACAAUGCUUAUGAUUAUUAUAAUAGAAUCCCAGAAUUAAAACAAUGUGUUGAUCAAAUCCAGAGUGGUUUCUUCAGCCCUAAUAAUCCAGAUGAAUUUAAAGAUAUUGCAAAUGUUCUAUUAAACUGGGACAGAUUUUAUCUAUUUGCUGAUUAUGAGAGCUAUAUAAAAAUACAAGAUCGUGUCAGCAAAGUUUAUCAGGACGAAAGCAAAUGGGUAGAAAUGGCGAUUAAUAAUAUAGCUUCCUCGGGCAAAUUUUCAUCGGAUCGAACAAUUGCAGAAUAUGCUCGUGAAAUUUGGGGUGUUGAACCAUCGUGGCAACGACUUCCCGCCCCUCAUGAGCCACGAGACAUCUAAAUUGUAUUUUUUUCUGAAUAAUUUACGAUUUUGAUUAUUACACAUAUAAUUAUUUUUUUUUUUUUUAAUAGAUAGGUGAAUAUCUUCUAUGCACAAGCGUGAGCAGUUUUACGAAAAAAAUCAAUAAAUAAAAAAAAAAUAAUAUAAACUUUUACUAAAGUGAUUUAGAAUUUAUUAAAGAUUUAAUUCACAAUUUAUUUAUUUAUUAUUUUUACAUGUUGUUAAAUACGAAAUGAAAUAGCACAUUAU